CCAGCAUACAAUAUAAAUACAGUGCUCAGCCUUGCCAUCUCCCACUGAGUGUGCCAGACCAGAAACAACUCCGCUCCAGAGAGAGUAAAGACGCAAAGAUGAAGGUGUCGUACGUGGCCACUUUCCUCAUAGCGCUGCUCUCCCUGGAGAGCACCAGAGCAGCUCCGUUGAAAAACAACCAAUUCUGGUCAGUGGGCUCCGGUAGCGUAGACACCGGCAACGUGGGAGACGGCAGCUUUAACGACAACAGCCAAAACAACCAAUUCUGGUCAGUGGGCUCUGGUAGCGUACAGAUCGGAAAUGUGGGCAAUGGCCAGUUAAACGACAAUAACCAAAACAAACAAUUCUGGGCUGUGUGCUCCGGUAGCGUAAACUCCGGCAACUUGGGCGAUGGCAUCUUUGACAUCAGCCCUACGUGA